AUGGCUUCCCGUGCCGCAGUCCCCUUCCUCGUGGCGAUGAUGCUCGUCACAGGAGUGUGCAACACGCUCCUCACGAAAUACCAGGAUAACCAAUGCGUGCGGAAUUGCAACGGAAAACGACCCCAACUCUUUGAGCAGCCAGUGCUCCAAACGGCGCAGAUGUUCGUGGGCGAGAUGGGAUGCUGGCUCGUCAUUGCACUGAUGGCCGCGCAUCGGCGCCUCGUCUCUCAACCGUCCCCCGAAGAACGCGGCUACGAAACUGUCAACACCACUGAUAACACAGGACAUCAAGAGCACAACGGGCCCAAGCCAGAUGGAAACGGCACGUCUGUUCUCAGAGGGUUUCGCGUCGUGCUCCUGGCAUUACCUGCAAUUUGCGAUAUUUGCGGUACUACGCUCAUGAAUGCCGGGCUACUCCUCGUUGCUGCAUCCAUUUACCAAAUGACCAGAGGUGCUCUUGUGUUAUUCGUUGGUCUCUUUAGUGUCAUGUUCCUCCGCCGGCAUCUUCACCUAUUUCAAUGGCUCUCUCUCGUGGGUGUCGUUUUGGGUGUCGCCGUUGUGGGCUUAGCUGGAGCUAUCUGGCCUGAUGAGAAGCAAGUAUCCCAGGGUGGUGCCAGCUCGCUUGCCAGCGACGAUUCUAGUGGAGGACUUUCAGACGCCUCAAGAGCUGUCAUCGGGGUACUCCUAAUUGCUGGCGCUCAGAUUUUUACAGCAACGCAAUUCGUGCUCGAGGAAUGGAUGCUGGAAAACUCAAGCAUCGCGCCGAUCAAGGUCGUCGGCUGGGAAGGCAUUUUUGGCUUCACCACCACACUCUUGGUAAUGGUCGUCAUGCACUUCUUGGUGGGACGCACAGAGACUGGGCGCUAUGGCCCAUUUGACAUGCAUGAGGGUCUUCGACAAAUGUCCCAGCCAAAUAUCUGGAUCUCUAGCGUCCUCAUCAUGAUAAGCAUCGGUGGGUUCAAUUACUUUGGCCUGUCGGUUACACGCAGCGUCAGUGCGACCUCUCGAUCGACUAUUGAUACUUGCCGGACGCUAUUCAUUUGGAUCGUCUCACUAGCUCUCGGCUGGGAGUCAUUCAAGCUACUCCAAAUCGUUGGUUUUUCCCUACUAGUAUAUUCGACUUUUGUCUUCAACGGAAUUGUUCAACCUCCAUUGGAAAGUUUGCGCGUCAACGAGGAGGUGGAAGAACUACUUCCUGAGGAACCUAUCGAACACCAGUAG